AUGCCUUCGUUGCGUUGUGUUGUACAAGAUUGUAUUCUCCCAGUUAUUACUAACAUGAUAAAUCGCUCGUUACAGACUUCAGUUUUUCCAUCAGCCUGGAAAAUAUCAGAAGUAAUACCACUUCUUAAAGAGGGAGACCACGAAGUGGCAAAUAACAAUCGACCACUAUCGUUACUACCAGCGACUUCUAAAAUUUGUGAACGAGUAGCUUUAAAUCAAAGUGGUAUUAAACAACUACAUUCACGUGAGACUCUUGGCGUGUUUAUGACAGACAAGGUGUUUAAAGCAAUGGACUCAAAAGAACUCACAGUCAUAGUAUUGCUGGAUUUGUCAAAAGCGUUUGACAGUAUAGAUCACCGCAAACUCUUAACAAAGCUAAAAGCAUUAGGCCUAAGCCUUGGCGCCUUAGAAUGGUUCAAAAGUUACUUGACCGAAAGGACGCAGCAGGUGAAGAUUGGCUCAGUUGUGUCAGAACCAGGUCAUAUCACUCAUGGUGUACCUCAAGGUUCGAUAUUAGGACCUGCUUUGUUCAAUAUAUAUUUGAAUGAUUUGCCCACCAUCCCGAAGUUCGGUGACUUAGAAAAUUCAAAAUUGUAUCUUUCGUUUCCCAUCAAGUAUGUUAAUGAAGUUAUGCGGAAUAUCAAUGAAGACCUGUCAAAAAUCACAGCAUGGUGCUGUCACAAUAGUCUACUAAUUAAUUCAGACAAGAUCAAAGUGUUAGGAACACACAAAAUGUUGCAACGAUUACCGGAUGACUUUUAUGUGACAUUACUUGAGAAAAGGAUUACUCCCACUAUUUCAGCACGCGAUCUCGGGAUUCAACUUGAUUCAACACUAAGUUUUAACGAACAUAUAGCAAACACUGUUUCUACUUGCAUUGCGAGCUUAUGUCAGAUAAACAGGGUCAAACAUCUUUUUGACCCUAGGAUUUUGGAAAAUGUCAUCUCGUCCCAAGUAUUUUCCAAAUUGUAUUAUUGCUCAAACGUAUGGUCCAGUACGACCAAGAAGAACAUAGAAAAAUUACAAAAAGUGCAAAACUUCGCGGCGAGAAUAAUCACAGGAACACAAAAAUAUGA